AUGCGGCGCCCUGCCGUGCCCGUGCCGGUGCCAGCGCCACUGCCCCGCCAGAUCCUCUGCUCGCCAGGAGUCGCUGGAGGCGGUGGAGGAGCAGGAGGCCCGAUACGGCAAAGCCGGAUGGACGAGGGGUGCGCAGCCGCGGAGGACAUCGCCGUCUACCAGGGCCAUGACGACUGCCUCCACAACGACGGUCAGCCAUUGCUCGGUGGCGAGACCAUCUCCUUCGAGUACGCCAACGCGUUCCUGUCCGAGCUCUCCGUCCGUGUCGCCACCUGCAUCGACCCCACCAUGCCAACUACAUUUAGGCCUGCUUCCAUCUCCAUUCAAGCGCAAGUGGUGUUUGAUGCCGAGAAGUUCAAGUGGCAGACCUUAUCAAGUGGCCUGGAUGUCAAGCAUUGGCCUAGACCACAGGCCGUCACCUACAAGAGCGCAGGAGCACCAGCUGGAAAGAUCAUCAAACAACAGAAUACAAACAGCUACAGGUUGCUAACACAAGAGCGACCACCACACGUUGAGGUUGGUGAGCAUGAAGGUGGCCUUCCACGCCACCGGCACGCGUGGCUUGAGCGCGGCGCCGGCAGCGUACAUGGCCAGGUGCGGCGUGAUGGUGCCGAAGAAGGCGAUGGCCAUGGUCUUCUUGCCGGACUUGACGAUCAUGCCCAGGUCCGUCUUCACGCGGAUGACGAAGAUUUGCAGCAUGAAGGCGUACCCGCCGAUGGUGGUUAUCUGCACCCACCCCUCCGGCAUGGCGAAGAGCUCACCGCCGUGCGGGAGCAUCCGGCCAAAAAGCGAUGGUCCCAGCAGCGCGCUGGCCAGUGUACACGCAUGCAGACGACGCAGCACAACACCUCUAUGGAGUUAGCACACCGGCCGGCCGUGACGACGACAGUGUUUGGGCGUCACGCCGGCGGGAAAGCAGAAUAG